AUGAAAGACCUCGUACGAGCUGCUGUGGUGGUCGUGGGCGACGCGCAAGCCGCUGCUGACCCAGGGUCUGGUUCGCGAGAGGCUCUCAAGCGAGAUGUUUCGCGGUUCCUGCAGUCGUUGCAACACUUCCCCGAGCAGCCUUUGCCCUUUCCCAUCGCGGUCUACAGAGACUACUUCGUCCUCGUGGCAGAGCGGAGGAAUGAUGAGCCUUCCAUCGAUGCUCGCCACACCAUCGACUGCAUGCGCCUUCAGAUCGAGUCCUCGACUGAUGUCGAUCGUUUCGAGCUCGACCAGGAACUCGUAAAGCAUCCUGACUUCUUCGGCGGUCCCGCCGACUUGACGAGCCGACUGCUGUCUUUACUGGUCGUGUUGCACAACGACGCUGGAUUCGGACUCGAGGCUUAUGCCAAGGUCGCCAAUCUUCUCGUCGCUAGUCUUGAAAGGGCAACGGAGCUCGUAGCCGGCGACACGCAGCAGCGUCCUCAUUUGCUGGCCCUGCUUGGCCUUAUGCUUGACGCUACAGUCGAGCUUGAGGGUCGAGAGAUCAACGCAGGUAUUGCAGCCGGCCUCACCAGCAGAGGAGGCCAGAUUUUCGCAGAUCUGAUAUGGCGCGAUGAAACGCAGAUCAAGAUGGCAGCUGGAAUCCUCGACCGUAUCCAAGCGCGGAGCCAGUCAGCCGGUUGCAGUAUCGCCGCAAGUAUCGCGCUCGCUAUCGUAAAGAAGCUGGAGCAGGAGCUGGAGGAUGCUUUGGGAGGCAUCGCUGUCGUAGGAGCCAGUUUGCUCAUGCCAAUCUCGGCUAUCUUCGAAUUCUGCUUGAGCUUCGUCAGCUUUGGCGGCCGGGACGCAUUGAGUCUCAUCGAGACAUCCUUGUUGAAGCCAUUGUCCUGGAUGAUGAGCGAGGUGCUUGGAUGUGCCAUCGAGCAUCCAGGCCACGACCACAUCGCAGAGCUCGAUCGGGUCGCGACUACGCUCUACGAUCUUUGCGACCAAGCUCUUCGUCUGCGUUCUCCUUGA